CUAAUUAAAAAGAUAUUACAUAUGCUACUAGUUAUAAGCUGUUUAAGAAGAUAAGUUUCAUACCAACAAAAGCAUAAAUGUAAAUGUAAAUGUAAAGAGCCAUGAAAGUCUAAAGAUUUUGAUAUGUGAUUUUUAGUGUGUAGGAAUGUUUUUUUUUUUUUUAGUGUGUAGGAAUGUUGAGAGUGUAAAGUUUUUUAAAUGGAUAUAUGUCUACUCUGUAAUACGUGUUCUGCUAUGAAUUGAUUUUUAUCUUUUGAGUCGGGUGAAAAUAUAUUACCAUCCGAGCAUGUGUUCUGGUAAAUAGGAAAAAGAGGGUGAAAAAGUGGAGAUGCGGGGUAUCGAUCCCCGUACCUCUCGCAUGCUAAGCGAGCGCUCUACCAUCUGAGCUACAUCCCCUUUGUUGGUAAAGUUUAAACUUAGUGUUAUUUAUAAGAAGUUAGUUUCUCUUCUAUACCCCUCCUGAGUCGUCACGAACUUGGGUCUGCCGGAGAUUUUUGAAAUUGCGAAGAUGCUGAGAAGAUUACUGACGCAAACAUCCUCUCCUCGCCGUCUUCUCUCUUCCAAGACUCCCUUCUUCUCAAAACCCUCUCUUUCACCGUUUUCCUCAUUACCCUCUUCACCGGAUCCACCUUCCUCGGCGAGUAGCCAUGUCGAAGAGUCAGGUUCCGCCGCCGCCGCUGGAACAACCAUCUCCGUCGACCGUUCCGCUCUCUUCAAUCCUCCCGACCACUCUCAUGAACCCACACCGGACUCCGAGCUCGUCAAGCACCUCAAGAGCGUCAUCAAGUUUCGUGGUGGGCCAAUCUCAGUGGCGGAGUAUAUGGAGGAAGUGUUGACUAAUCCUAGAUCAGGUUAUUACAUGAACCGUGAUGUGUUUGGAGCUCAAGGUGAUUUCAUUACUUCUCCUGAAGUUAGCCAGAUGUUUGGCGAGAUGAUUGGUGUUUGGACUGUUUGUCUCUGGGAGCAAAUGGGAAAGCCAGAGAGGGUUAAUCUCAUUGAGCUAGGUCCAGGUCGAGGAACGCUCAUGGUCGAUCUCCUUCGUGGUACAUCAAAGUUUAGAAACUUCACGGAGUCAUUGCAUAUACACUUGGUGGAGUGCAGUCCCGCGUUGCAGAAGAUUCAGCACCAGAACCUGAAGUGCACAGAUGAAAGUAGUUCGGAGAAGAAAGCUGUGAGUUCAUUAGCUGGGACGCCUGUGCAUUGGCACGCUACUCUUGAAGAGGUACCAUCAGGAGUACCGACGAUAAUCAUAGCUCAUGAGUUUUAUGAUGCUCUUCCAGUUCAUCAGUUUCAGAAAACUCCCAGAGGUUGGUGUGAGAAGAUGGUUGAUGUGGGAGAAGAUUCACAGUUCCGCUUUGUUCUAUCCCCACAGCCCACACCUGCAGCCUUAUACCUUGUGAAACGUUGCACUUGGGCUACACCUGAGGAAAAGGAGAAGCUGGAGCAUGUCGAGAUCAGCCCCAAAUCAAUGGAUUUGACUCAAGAAAUAGCCAAGAGAAUAGGCUCUGAUGGAGGUGGAGCACUAAUAAUCGAUUACGGGAAGGAUGUAAUCAUUUCAGACAGUCUUCAGGCUAUUAGAGAACACAAGUUUGUCAACAUACUGGAUUAUCCAGGCUCUGCGGAUCUAAGUGCUUAUGUCGAUUUCCCUUCGAUAAAACACUCUGCUGAGGAAGCUUCAGAAAAUGUGACAGUCCAUGGACCUAUGACUCAGUCUCAGUUCUUGGGUUCGCUUGGAAUAAACUUCAGAGUUGAUGCGCUGCUGCAGAACUGCGACGAUGAACAAACUGAGUCUUUGAGGUCAGGGUACUGGAGGCUUGUUGGAGAUGGUGAGGCACCUUUCUGGGAAGGACCUGAUGAACAGACGCCGAUUGGAAUGGGGGAGAGGUAUCUUGCAAUGGCUAUUGUCAACCGAAACCAAGGCACUCCCGCUCCGUUCCAGUAACAAAGAUUUAAACUUUGAGAGGACACAACACUCUUUUGUUUUUUUUUUUUUUCUUUGAACUUGGCUUAUCAUCAAUCUCAGGCUAAAUGAAAUAAAAAGCUUUUGAAUUUCAAAGUUUUUGCUAUAUGGUUUUAAAUCAAAUGUUUUAUGACAUAUAGCAAUAAUAAAUGUUUUAUAACAUGUUACAAAUCAAAAGUUUUAUAACAUAACAUAUGUAACAGUCAGGUUGACAUAUUUUGGCUGAGAGAACAUAAAAUGGCUACUUCCCAAGA